CCUCUCACACCGCCCACGGUCAUAAGGCGCACCCAGUGCUCGCCUUCCCGCUCUCCCACCCCACCACCACCACCCUCACACACCCAUCACUCUGCCCACCAUGGUCUUCGGCUUCGGCUCGUCGCCCUUCCUCUCGGACCCGCGCAAGUACGCGGACAAGCACUACGACUACGUCAUCAUCGGCGGCGGCACUGCCGGCUCCGUGCUGGCGUCGCGCCUCAGCGAGGAUGCCAACGUCAGCGUCUGCGUGCUCGAGGCCGGCGGCGACCCGUCGGGCAUCAUCGAGACAAAGGUGCCCGCCGCGUUCGGCAAGCUCUUCAAGGGCGCCAACGACUGGGACUACGAGACCGAGGAGGAGCCCGAGGUCGGCGGCCGCCGCAUGCAGCUGCCGCGCGGCAAGAUGCUCGGCGGCUCCAGCUCCAUGAACGCCAUGAUGUACCAGCGCUGCCCGCCGUCGGAUCUCAAUGAGUGGGAGGAGCGCUACGGCUGCACGGGCUGGGGCGACGCAUCCCUCAGGCCGUACUUCAAGCGCUCACAGCUCUUCACAAUGCGGCCAGAACGUCCGACGAUCGACCUCUCGCACCACUCCCUCGACGGCGACGGCACGUGGCAGGUUGGCUACUCGUGGCUCUCCAAGCCGGGCGAGGCCUUCAUCGACGCCUGCGACGCCAGCGGCGUGCCGGCCAAUCCCGACGUCAACGACGGCAAGCACCCCAUCGGCGCGACGCGCUUCCAGACGUUCAUCGACCAGAAGGGCCAGCGCUCGUCGGCCUUCACCGCCUACCUGCCCGCCAGCGUCACGUCGCGCAGCAACCUCACCAUCGCCAUCAACGCGCACGUCACGCGCAUCCUCCUCGAGGGCGCCGAGCCCGUCGCCACGGGCGCCGAGUUCCAGCUCAAGCGCGACGGCCCGCGCCACCGCGUCUACGCCAACAAGGAGGUCAUCCUCUGCGGCGGCGCGUACAACAGCCCGCAGACGAUGCUGCUCUCCGGCCUCGGCCCCGCCGAGGAGCUGAAGAAGCACAACAUCCCGCUCGUCAAGGACAUGCCCGACGUCGGCAAGAACCUGUACGACCACGUCUGCACGAGCGGCCUCUACGGCCGCACGAGCAGCUCGGCGCACUCGCUCGACUACCUCACGAGCGACCUCAAGUCGCUGCCGGCGCUCAUCCGCUGGCUCGCCACGGGCGGCGGCCCGAUGACGACCAACGUCGGCGAGGCCGCGGCGUUCGCGCGCAUGGCCGACUUCGACUCCAAGGUCGAGGACCACGGCUCGCUCGGCUUCGGGCCGGACAUUGAGUUCAUCCACACGCCGCUCUGCUUCCGCGACCACGGCGCCACGACGACGCCGGCGGGCCACCCGGGCACGAUCAGCAUUGCCGUCAUCGGCCUGCGGCCGCUCUCGAAGGGCUCGGUGACGCUGCGCUCGAACAGCGUCUUCGACAAGGCCGUCAUCCGCCACAACUACUGGACCGAGCCCAACGACCGGCGCGUGCUCAUCGCCGGCGUGCGCAAGGGCCUUGAGAUCUUCCACAACGCCGCCUUUGACCCGUACGUCGACCGCAGCUACGUCAACGACGACGAGGACUCGUUCUACUGGCCCGUGUCUAGCUCCAACUACAAGGCCAUCACCGACGAGCAGAUCAUCCGCUGGAUGCACAAGAACUCCUUCACGCUCUACCACCCCGUCGGCUCGCUGCGCAUGGGCGUCGACGACAAGGCCGUGCUGGACCUGCAGCUGCGCGUGCGCGGCGUCAAGAACCUGCGUGUGUGCGAUGCCAGCAUCAUGCCGCAGCAGAUUGCCUGCCACCCGACGGCGACGAUCAUCGCCAUCGCCGAGAAGACGGCCGACAUCAUCCGCGGCAAGGUCGCCGUCAACGACGACGCCACGCGCCACACCAGCAUCGGCAACGGCGCACCCGUGGCCCAGUCGUCGCGCCUUUGAGCGCCAUGACUCGCCUGCGUCGGCCCUCUGACUACUUUGCUACUCGCCGAGGCUCACUGCUCUGCACCUGGACCGCCUUCUCUUCCCUUUCUCCUGUAUCCUUGUAUGCCUCGCCUUCGCGCUGCUCCGCGCCUCAUACCGUC